AUGCCGGCUAUGGCGCCGAAUUUCAAAAAUAAUGUCAUUAAUGUGAUAAAUCACAGAGAGGUAGGUAAAUUCUGGUAUGUUGAGAUACUGGUUAUUGUUUUUUUUUAAUUUGGUAUUUAAGUUUUGUAAAAUAUGAGAGAGUUAUUUGCGCUGUAGAAAUUUUAGGUAACAUUUUAGUUUUUAGAUAAUAUUUAAAGAUUUUCGUGAUUUUCAAGUUCUUCAAAUAUUAUAUUAUCAUCUUUUUACAUUAUAAACAUAUAAAAUCUUUAAUUUCAGACAAAUGUAGCAGUAACCUCGAUAUUCAUCAUCGUCUCUUUGUACAUCUCGUUAUGUGCCAUUUUACAAAAGAAUCUGGGGAAUCCAUUGGACGAUGAUGCAGCUCCAUUGCUCAAUUUCUCAAACCGAUCUUAUCUUAGCCCGUUGGAAGUGGUACAGCCUUCAAUUGCACCAACAGUUACUGUUAUGGCCUUGUUCUUACUAUGGGUUGUUGCUAUGGUAUUUGGACAAGUUGUGCAGUGGAUUUGUUUGCCACCUCUGCUUGGUAUGUUGCUAAAUGAUUUUAAGUAUUUGAAGUUUGUAUGAUACUUAAAUUUGCGGCAAUUUGCGUUGAUUGUCUACAGUUAGCUGAUUUUUUUUAGGUAACAUUUUUUAAAAUUUUUAAAAAGGUUGAACUUUUGGAAAAAAAGUAAACAUACUAUUUCAUAUAGCUUAAAAUUAGGUAUGUUUUAGUAGGUUUUCAUAUUUAUAUUUUAUUAUUUAACAAAGUUAUGAUCAAUUUGAAACCCUAAAAUCCAAAAUGUUCGAGUUCGCUUGGAAAACCAACUCGUUUUGCCAUUUUAAAUAUAUACGCGCAAUUCAGCUGUAACUUGAAAUAUUCGUUUUGUAAAUUAUAUUCGACAAUUUUCAACACAACCUUUAGAAAUAACAUUUUGAAUCAACCAAGUAAAAUACUAACAAAAUAUUGUUUUAGGUAUGCUGCUAGGCGGAAUAUUGAUUCGAAACACAGAUGUUUUCGCCCAAUUCUGGAACAUUGAUGCCUAUUGGGAUAGUAUACUGAGAAGUGCUGCUUUUCUGUUGAUUUUGAUCCGUUGUGGGAUCAAUUUGGAGCCGGAUGCUUUGAAGAGAUCUCUGGGUGUUUUCUCGAGUCUUGGCUUCAUUUCAACUACUGUAGAAGCUUUGGCUGUAGUUUUGGCAUCUCACUUUAUCUUUGAAAUCGGUGUACCUUUGUCUAUAUUGUUUGCGUAAGUGGGGUUGUAAAGGGGUGUUGAAGGGUUAAAAAUAUUGUUUUAGAUAUCACUUCUAUAUUUUUUUCAAAAUUUUUUAAAAAUUUUUAAAAGUUGAAGCAGUACGAACAAGACGUCGUAUUUUACAUUUUUUCAUUUUUCGUUUUUUUUGUUGGACUCAAUAAAUUUUAUUGUUAUUUUUUAACUUAUUUUAAAAUUUAAGUUUUGUACUAACUUCAACAUCACCAGCUGUUACUGUACCAUCGAUGAUAAAGCUCCAAGAUCAAGGCCGUGGCACAAACAAAGGAAUUCCGACGACAAUUUUAGCGGCCGCUUCUAUUGACAAUAUUUACUGUAUAACAGCAUUCAGUAUCGUAUCUUCUGUAAUCUUCACGAAAAACGGUAAUUUCUUGGGGAAAGGGAGAGGGGGGUUUAAUAUAAUAUUAGGUAGUUCAACUAAUUCUGUGCACUCUAGUUUGGAAAAAUAGCUUUGAGAGGCGCACAGAAUUAUUUGAACAACUUAAUAUUAUAAUUUAGUAUAAAUUUCCGUCUUCCGUAUUUUACACUAUCUAAAAGGUUUUAAGCUAUAAUAAUAUUGUUGUUAUUAAGGAAAUGCUUGUUAUUUUGUGUUUCAGAAGAUUUGACAUACUUGAUUGUACGAAUUCCUAUUGAAGUUUUGAUUGGCAUGCUCUUUGGUAUCUUGUUUGGUAUGUUUUCUUAUUAUUUUUCUUUUAUCGAUUAAAUUAAGGUGCAGCAGAAAAACUGUUGAUUAUAAGCUUUUCAAUCAAUAUUGGGUCUUAAAUGACAAUGCAAUUCAGGCCUCCUUCUCCGAGUAUUCCCACGUGACGAUGUUCAUCACGUUCACUUCAUCAGAUGUGUUAUCAUCUCUUCGUUCUCUACAGCCAUGUUAUUUGCCACAAGAUCGAUUGGCUGUGAAAUGGUGGGGCCAAUAUCGGUGUUCAUGAUGGUGGUGGUGGCAUCAAUGAGGUGGAAGAUUGACAAUCACAGAAUGACGAGGAAAGAGGAACGCUGCUUCAAGAUCGUGUGGGACGACAUGCUUCAACCGUUCUUGUUCGCUCUUAUUGGACUUUUGUUCGACUUUUCACAGGUAUGAGAUAGUUGUUUGGGUAUGAGAUGAUUUUUUGAGAUGGUUGUUUGGGUAUGAGAUGAUUUUUUGGAUUUAAAAUGAUAGUUUGGGUAUGAAAAGCUAUGUUAUGUAUUAUGGAAGCUAAAAAAUGAUAUUUUGGAAGGAAAUGAAAAGUGCAGGCUGCGGGGGACAAGUUAUACGAUAAAAAAUGUUUUUUAAAGCUGAUGAAGGGAAUAAUUCGUAACUAUUUACGAUUUUUAACGCUAAAAUAAUAUUUUAGUGAUAAUAACUUGCUGUAAUUUUAAAAUUAUGAACUUUUUGUUGAACAAAAACAAAUAAUAUAAAAAUUGAUUUUUUGAAAUUCCAGAUCAGUUGGGACAUGUUUUGGGAUGCGAUGUUGAUCAUCUUUAUUGGAGCUAUUGUUCGAAUGAUUACGGUGUUUAUCAUGUCAAUCUUCAUGUUCUUGUCACUCAAGGAAAAGAUUUUUGUUUCAGUUUGCUUCUUCCCAAAGGCUACUGUGCAGGUAUGUGAUUAUAUUCACCAUGGUGAACAAAAAAAACGAAAAAAGAUAUUUUUAACACUAUACAUGGCUUAAAAAUUGAACGAAUGAUAAUAUAAUUCUGCCAAAAUAUAUCCUUCCAGGCAGCCCUAGCCCCGCUAGUAAUCCAAUACACAGGAGAUAACGACCCAGAGAAGAUGAGUUUCAUCUUCAACACCUGCGUACUCAGUAUUCUGGUCACAGCACCAAUAGGACAAUUGAUAAUAGAUGUGUUAGGAAGGUAUUUGUUGGACAAAGAAGUUAACUUGUCUAAGAGAAGCUUUGAGCCAUUGAAAUUGCCAAAUAUGCCCGAACCAAAUGGAGAUUUCAAAAGGGAACCAUCCUUCAUUCAAGCUGAUAAGGACAACAGACUCAGGGUAAUUGUAAAAGAUAAUGAGAAAAGUAAGAAGAACAAGAUUGGCAAGAUCUUUGGGAAAUAAAUGUUAUUUUUAAACGAUUUUUUUUGUUUUUAUGGGUUUGAAGGGUAGUAUUGAUGUUAUAGUAGAUGGAAAAGAUAGAUUUAGUCGUUCUUUGUCAAGAAAUGUAUAUUUUUUGUAAUAUCAAGGAUAGUAUUGAUGUUAUAGUAGAAGAAAAACUUAAUUUUGAUUCUUUAUUUGACGUUUAUUGACCUUGUUAACUUGAACAUCUCAAUGUUAGGCUAAUUUUUGGUAUAAAACAAGUUAAAUUAAACUUUUUAUACAUUAACCAUGACCAUACUAACCCAAAAAGCUUGUCUUUGAAGUGCCAUAACUACAAUAACAUUAUCUUUUCAGUUGCAAGUAACCCCGACCAAUAACACUAACCCAACGUCGAUAGUAACGACCCCCAAACUGAAUCAAAGCUCGACAAUAACCACGACCAUGGCUCGAAUCAUGACACCACCAACAACACCAAAAGCCAAAUCCAAGAAUGAACCCCCUCCACCUUCUCUACCACCCCCAUCGUUCGACGACAUCCAUUCCCAGGCUUUCGAGAUCUUCAAGGAACAGCGACUGAAGAAGGAACGGUUUCAGGACGGCAACCGCAUGGAAACCAUUACCGAGCUUCAGACCAGUCGACCUAGCUAUAUUGAUCACAAAAUCGCCAAGUUUUAA